GACCGGCUUGUCCCAGGCAAGCCGCUCUUGCCCGGCACCACCAUCGUAUCUGAUGGCGGUGACUUCGCCUUUGGCUUCUUCUCCCCAUCCAAUUCCACUCCGGAGAAGCUAUACCUUGGCAUAUGGUACAACAAGAUCCCCCGGCUCACCGUGGUGUGGGUUGCUAAUCGGGCAACACCGGCCAUCUCCUCCUCAGCUCCUUCUCUUGUUCUGACCAACACCUCUCAUCUUGUCUUGUCCGAUGUCAAAGGCCGUGUUCUCUGGACAACCAAAGCCACCAAAGCUUCACCGAACGGCACAAUGCUAUGGCAAAGCUUCGACCAUCCGACUGACACUCUCCUCCCGGGUAUGAAGAUAUGGAGGAGCUACAAGACUGAUGAUGGCAACCGCCUUGUUUCUUGGAAAAGCCUAGAGGACCCCUCGCCAGGCACCUUCUCCUACAGUGGAGAGACAAAAUUAUUUCCGCAGAGCUUCAUCUGGAACGGUUCGCACCCAGUAUGGCGUAGCCAAGUAUGGACAGGGUACACGAUCAGUACUAGUCAGUACUACCAGCUGAACACUAGCAUUGUGGUAUACCUAGCAUGUGUUGAUACUGUCGAUAAGAUAUCCAUGGUCUUCACCGUGUCUGAUGGUGCACUACCCAUGCGGAUUGUGAUGGGUUACUCUGGCAGGUUAGAACUACGAGUUUGGAAUAAUAGAGUUUCAUCGGAGUGGGCAAUGCUUGGAAUGUCGCGGCCGGACUAUGAUUGUAGCAGGUACGGCUACUGCGGGCUCUCCGGUUACUGCGACUAUACAGAUGCUACCCCAACUUGCAAGUGCCUUGAUGGGUUUCAGCCCGUGGACAAGGAAGAAUGGAGCAAUGCCAGAUUCUCGCAGGGAUGCCAGCGAAAGGAGCCCCUUCGAUGUAGUGAUGGUUUCUUGGCGCUGCCAGACAUGAAGGUGCCUGACAACUUUGUGCGCAUUGGGAGAAAGACCUUCAAGGAAUGCGCGGCUGAGUGCAGUGGCAAUUGCUCUUGUGUGGCGUACGCUUAUGCGAGUUUGAAUGGCAGCACAUCAAAUGGCGAUGCGACGAGGUGCCUUUUGUGGAUUGGUGAUCAUCAGCUUGUUGACACGCAGAAGAUGAUGGCAGUACAUCCCUAUAGCACUGCUGGUGCCGAGAGUCAAGAGACGCUGUAUCUCCGAGUUGCAGGCAUGUCAGGUAAAAGGACAAAAAGGAACACACUAAAAGUUGCGCUACAAAUUUUAGCAGGUGCCGUUGUUCUCACUUCCAUUUUACUUAUAUGGGUCUGCAAGUUCAGAGCAGGAAGGAAAACAAAUACGGAAAAUCACAAGAAGCUAAUGCACGGAGGUUUUACUACUUCAGAUGAACUUGGAGAAGAAAAAACUACCAAUGAUUUUGAACUUCCAUUUCUGAAAUUCCAAGAUAUUCUUGUCACAACAAACAAUUUCUCCAGUACAUCUAUGAUUGGACAAGGAGGUUUCGGAAAAGUUUACAAGGGGGCAUUAGAAGGUGGUCAAGAGGUUGCUAUCAAAAGACUUAGUAGGGACUCUGAUCAAGGAAUUCAGGAGUUCAGAAAUGAAGUUGUUCUAAUUGCUAAGCUACAACACAGAAACUUGGUUCGACUUCUUGGUUGCUGCGUUGAGGGAGAUGAAAAGCUGUUGAUUUAUGAGUACCUACCUAAUAAAAGCUUGGAUGCUAUCAUUUUCAAUCGCGCAAGAAAUGCACCACUUGAUUGGCCAAUAAGGUUCAAGAUAAUCAAAGGAGUUGCAAGGGGACUUUUAUACCUCCAUAAUGAUUCAAGAUUGACAAUAGUUCAUAGGGAUCUCAAAGCUAGUAAUGUGUUACUAGAUGCAGAGAUGAGACCCAAGAUAGCUGACUUUGGUAUGGCAAGGAUCUUUGGUGAUAAUCAAGAAAAUGCUAAUACCAAGCGAGUUGUUGGGACAUAUGGUUAUAUGGCUCCGGAGUAUGCAAUGGAGGGCAUUUUCUCUGCGAAGUCUGAUGUCUAUAGCUUUGGUGUCCUACUUUUGGAGGUUGUGAGUGGUAUAAAGAUAAGCUCUGUUGAUCGUGUCCCAGGAUACCCAAACCUAAUAGUCUAUGCGUGGAACCUUUGGAAGGAAGGGAAAGCAAAAGAUCUGGUAGACAAAUGUAUUGUUGAGAACUGUUUACUAGAUGAGGCUUCACUUUGCAUCCACAUGGGGCUCUUGUGUGUGCAGGAAAAUCCUGAUGAUAGGCCAUUGACGUCUUCUGUUGUGUUCAACUUGGAGAAUAGAUCCACAACACUACCAACGCCAAAUCACCCUGCAUAUUUUGUACAGAGAAAUAGUGAUAUGGAGCAAAUGAGAGAAGACAUUGUGAAUUCUAAGAACACAAUGUCUCUUACAGUCAUGGAGGGGAGAUAG